AAAAUUGAAUGACAUUUACAAUAACAACACUUGAAUGGGUGAGAAAACCAAAAGGUGGAAUACAUUUUUGUAGGCAUAAAACGCCAUUGCAUACUGGAAUUAUUGAAAAACAAAACACUCACACACAAAUAACCGCAAAUACCAUAAUAAUCAGACACUCUCAGUUUUACAAUAACUUCUGCACGGUGUAUAUUCACACUACAGCUUCGAAUUAACACAAUAUUCGUAGCGCAAAGCACCAGUUGUACCAUUUUCAGAACGGGUGAGACCAUAGUGUUCGUUCUAAAUACGCAAUCAGCCCGACGUAAUUUUUGUUGCUUGUUCAUCGCAAAUGCAGUUUGUUCACAAAUGUUGCGACGAAUUAUGAAAAUCAUCAUUGCAGCCUGACGCCAAAAUUACUUUUGGCAUGCGAACAAAUAACAAUCAUACAACUGAACAGUACAAAUAAAACGGAUAUUUAAUAAGCGACAAGGAGUAAAGAAAAACCUUUCAUCAAAAAAUCAUGAUUUCUGAUAUACCAUCAGGAACAUACAGCCGAUUGGGAAUUGGAUUGAUUAUAUUCACACAUGUGAUUGCGUACAAUGAAAGUGGAGCCAUAACGGUGAUCUUCUCCGCAUUUAUUGCGACAAUAUGUGCAACGUUGUCAGCAUUUUGCAAGAGUUCACUCAAUCACUUGAAAUUACCAUUAAUACGGGAAACUCACAAAUUCGAUUUCUUUAUAUUAUUUCUCGCAAUAUGGAUGGAUUUAUUUUCAUUGAUUUGUGCUUGUGGUGCAUUGACACGAACGCUGAGCGUAUGCUUGGAUUCUAUGACCGGUGGCAUGGCAAGAAUAUAUAUUUUAGGACGUAACUCGCCGAUGAAUGAGCCGUGGCCUGAUGUUAUCGGAUUCUCAAUUAUUUUUAUAGUUAGUGUUAUGUUUAUGCUUGGAUUGGAGAAUUCAAAGGUGUUUUCAUUCAUUUUGAUGGCAAGCAUGUGUGGCAUAGUUUGCAUUUUGAUUGCGAUCACAUCGAUAAGAGGCAAUUUAACGGCAUGGCAAUCAAAACAAUGGUUACCAAAAGGAUUGCCCGGUUUGGUCACUUCAGCUGCUUUAUUGGUGUUCACAUUUCCGUCUGAACUUCCUGCAACAGGUAGCAAGCGAUUCAAAGCAACGAUUAUCGGUAUAUUUAUAUGCUUAACAAUUGUGCUGUGUGCCGGGUGCCUCUCAGCUGUUAUUACUUCCAAUUCGAACGAGGAAUUCAUUGCUGUUCCCAUUCUAUCGAUACUGGAGACAUUGGAUUUUCAUAAUUUCGAACCGGCCAUUGCAUGUCUUUUCGUUUUGGUGUGUUCGUGUGCAUUUCUCGAAUUAUUUUCGGAAAUGUUUCACUUGAUUGUAACACUCACGACGUCCGAUUGGAAAAUACUAUCACGGCAAAUUGGUUAUGAGCAUGGUGACAGUGGUAGUCCGGUUUUAGCUGUAUUCACCGGUGGCAGCAUUUGUGCAAUGAUUGCUUUUGCAUGUCCACUUGAAAUUAUUGUUUAUUUUAUUGCGGGAAGUCAACUCAUUUCGGGACUAUUUCGUGUCUUAUACUUGUUGUACUGUCCAUUCCGACCAAAGUACAUGGUAAACACAAAAAAUGAUACUUCACUUGGCUACAGUCAAUUAAAACCAACCGCAACAACACUGCGACAAUCAAUGAGCAACACAUCAUUUUUACAGUCAAACUCAAAUGUUUCCACAGCCGGUGAUGUUUCGCGACGCAUUUUACGCUGUUUGAGUAAACCGUCGAUUGUUUCGAUACCAAAACCAAAACCACGCACCAAAAAACGAAAUGAAGAAAUGGAAAGGGAAUGGCUUCUAUUGGGUGAACCAGCAUCACCACGUAAUACAAUCAUUUUGGACGAUGAACAAGACACAUCAACAUUGACAAUAACACCAACUGGGCCGGAGAAUGCAUCCAAUCAAGAUGUCGAAGCCUUAAAAUCACCCAAUGAGUUAAUUCAAAGCAGCAGCGAUUCGGAGAGUUCAACCGACAUCGAUGCCGUUGUCGAUGAAUAUCGACAAAAAGUCGAGGUUAUUUCCGGGCCAUCAACGGAGAAAGUGCUUCGUAUUCCGUCUAUUGAGUCUUGGCGUCUUUCGAUUGUCUUGAUUGUUUUUUACUUUUUUGGCGUUUGUCUUUGUCUCUUUGCAUUCGCAAUUGGUUCGGUUUUGAUUUUUAGUGCCGCUGCUUUGGUGGUGCUAUUCUUCACAUUAGUAAUGCUGUUUUUGCCACGUUAUAGUCAUUCGGAAACAUCGCCAAAUGUAAUAUUUUGUUCGCUGACAAUUUUAUUGGAAAGCAUUUUAUUGGCGUCGACCUUUUCGAUUUCUCUACCAGCGAUAAUUGCAUGGCUGAUCUCCGGCGUUUUGGUUUACACACGUUGCGACACAUGGUUCUCGCUUUGUAUUGAACAGCCGAUUUAUAUAAGUCAUAUAGUGACACCAACCGCAAACUGUUCAUCAACGUCGAAUUUAACGAAAUCGAUGAUUCGUUUGCCAAGACCACCAAAAGGUUCGCUAAUUCCAUCACGCAUACAUGGACAAUGUAGAUGACAUUUGGAGUAUGCGGACAGUGAAUACACUGAUGAUGGUGAAGAAACGGCCGAAGAAUGGACCGAUUAAAUUACUCCGAAUUCUGACCGAACUGAGAUGCAAAGUUUCGAUUUCAGAAGCAUUAUUUUACGCAGUAAUAAGUGUUCGUUGCAUACUUCAAAAUAAUAAUCUAAAAGUUGUGACAAACUCGGUGCUUGUUAACAAACCAAACAAUUAAACUGCCCGCGAAUUUAGUUCAUGAACGUUUUAAUGGCGAGCGAUUUUAUUGAAUUGCAUUCCAUAUGGAAUAGAGAUAUUUUUUGAUAAUUUAGCUGAAAUGUGCUUGAAAACAACAAAUAUAUAAAUAACAUAUGUAGAACUGUAUAUUCUGUGAGAAGUGAGAUGACAAUUUAUGUUCAGCAAAUCAAAAUCAAUUAAAUCAAUAAUAAAAUUGAAACCAUUGUGCCUAUUUUAGCGCCAUUUAGACUAUAUAUGUUGCAAUUUAUAAACCAUCUGGAGAUUUUAUUUUAAAAUGGUAGCGCAUACAAUUGACGCAAUAUUUAUUCAUCAUUUCAAGCCAAAGAUAAUAACAAACGAAUAAUAACAGUAAUAUGGUUAGUGCU